AUGGCAGAUUUUGAUUAUGAAGAGCUUCUAAAAGCAACAGAUAACUUCAACCCUACAAUGAUCAUAGGAAAAGGAAGCCAUGGCAUGGUCUAUAAAGGUGUAGUAUUCAAAGAGAACAGGUUGGUAGCCAUAAAGAAGCCAUCUCAAGGCCUUCAAUCUCUUCACGACAACUCCAAGCUCGAAAACGAAAUCCGAGUUCUAUCUUCUUUAUGUGAAAGCCCUCACCUGGUUAAACUUCUAGGAACUAGUUACGAUCAUGAAAACUCGUUGAAGAACAAGCACAAGCUCAUAGUGAUGGAGCUCAUGCCCAAUGGCUCCCUCCAUGACUGGCUCCAUGCAGCUAAAACCCCACCCACAUGGCCUAAACGUGUCGAAAUCGCCAUGCAAAUCGCUCGUGCGGUGCAGUUUCUCCACGAAGGCAAGCCUUUGGUCAUCCACAGAGACAUCAAGUCCUCCAAUAUCUUAUUUGAUUCCCAAUGGAACGCCAAGUUAGCAGAUUUUGGACUAGCGGUCAAAGGAGUUGACCCACUGAGUCAACCCGCUGGGACAAUAGGGUACAUAGACCCGUGUUACACUACGCCUUGUAAACUCAGCACAAAAAAUGACAUGUUCAGUUUUGGGGUUGUGUUAUUGGAAAUCAUGAGUGGUAGAAAGGCCAUUGAUGUGUGCAAAACCCCGGCUUCAAUUGUGGAAUGGGCGAUUCCGUUAAUCGAAGAAAAACUUUUGGAAGAAAUUUGUGACACAACAAUAAUGGCACUGCCAGAACAAAUGUUUAGCUCCAUCACUAACUUGUUACACUACGCUGCACGUUGCGUUUCACAAAAUGAAGACGAUCGUCCAUCAGCAAGGGAAGUGGUUGUGGGAAUGGAAAAGUGCUUCGUGGAACGAGUCAGAUUCUCCAUUUGGAGAAGCGUUCUGAAGUGCAUGGUGCGGUUGAGAAAGAAGAGGAAGCUGAGUCAGACACGGAUACAGUGUAUAGCACAAGAAGAGGGUCAGGUUGACAGUGAUACUCGUGUGUCACGUGGGAAGCUAUCCAUCACCAUUAAGGAUGUUUUGGCUGAUGUUACAUUCGAGUAA